GUAUAACAGAGGCCGUACACCAAAACCUAGGCCACCAUCCUAUAGAAGCUACCAUAGAGCAAUAGGCAGAACAUUUGCAUGUCACGACAGUCAGUCGGAGAAAAUUGGCGGUUUGUUCAAUAUUCAAAGUACUCGUUUAUAGUUCAAUAGUCCAAAUUUACCGAAACGCGUCAGUUGCUUGGAUACAAGGGAAUGGGAAUCAUGUUUCUGUAUUAUAGUGUUUAAAUCUUUUGACUUAUUUACAAGCUUUUAUUUACCAAUCGUAAACUAUAAAACAUGACAUCUAAAUCAAGACUCACUGCUCCGCGUGAUGAUAAAAUUCAUGCAAAUAAUGAUUUGGAAAAGAAAAUUAUGGAAGCCUUCGAAGUGUUCGACCAUUCUGCGAAACAAGUCGUCGACGUCAGAGAAGUAGGAACCAUCUUGCGUUCUUUAGGGUGUUGUCCAACCGAAGCUGAGGUACAGGAGGUUAUCUUAGCGACGGAAAACAAAGAAGUAACUGGGAAUGUGCCGCUUCAUACGUUCCUACCAUACAUGUGCAAGGCUUUGAUAGAACACAGGUACUAUCCAGCAAGCGCAGAGAUGUUGCUAGCAGCUUUCCGUUACUUCGACACGGAGGGCCGUGGCUACCUCACUAAGGAACGAUUCACUCAACUCAUGCUGGAGGAAGGGGAGCCGUUCACGCAGGAGGAGUUUGACGAGAUGAUGCAAACCGCUUUGGAUCCCGUCACUGACACUAUCACUUACGAAUACUACAUCAACCAGCUUAUGGUGGCACAGAAAGAUGUGUAUGAUAUAGCUGAUGUUGUUGAAGAAGAAAGGAAGAAACAAGACGUACCCCAACAAAAGAAGAAACGUGCUUCAUCCCUAUUACGCUCUACUACUAUGAUGCUAUAAUCUUUGUAAAUUAAAAAUUAAGUACUAUUUAACGUUCUUGUCGAGGAUGAGAUAACAGAAAAUCAAGAGGCACCUAAAUGAAAAUCUCAAGUAAAAAUCCAAAAUACUCACUAAAUACUCU